GAUCCAAAAAAGGUUCCAUUAAAAUAUUUGCUUCUUCCAGUGAUUUGUAUAUAAAGCGACUGUUACUUCAAGCUUGCUUUGGAUGCAAAAUGUUUGGUGUAAAUAUUUGCAAACAAAUAUAGUUUUUUUUUUGUUUCAUUUUUGGGUCAGUUUUUAGAGAAACGCUUCUCUUGUUCAUGGGUACCUCAAAAAUCUCUUGAAUUCAUCUUGGGUUAUUUUCACUCUGUACACUGCCCUGUCAUUGCUUUCUUCUCACUGUUUGUGGGUCUUCUUCAGUCCAACCUCCUGAUUGUUCUUGCUUCAAGUUAUAAAUGCCCAAUUAAGUAAUUUGUUUAUUCAAUUUCAUUUGUUCCCUCUUUUCUUUUUGAUCGAUGUUGAAUAAAUUUGUCGUCAUUUGAGGAACUGGGGAUUGGGUUUGAGUUUGGUUUAUAUGGGAUGGAGGGGCUGAUUCCAUUGAUUCUUCAGCUGCUGAUUCUUUGUGUCGCUGCUAAUGCUUCCGAGCUCGGGGAAAUUGCUGGAUUCAGAAACUCUCCACCCCUUGUAGCUUCUUCUGCAUUUCCUCCCAUUGAAGGAGUACCCGGCUUUGUCCAACACGGCACGGGACCGAGCUCUGCACCCCAGCCAAAUGAGUCGACUUUGCAACCACCGGUUGUGUUACCACCACCAAUUGCGCCAGUUCCAUUGCCUGACACGACCGAAGGGUUCGUACCGUCCUCUUCUCCGAGUACUCCGACUGAGCUGCCACCAUUUAAUAGCAUGCCACAUCCCUCUUUACCAGUUCAACCAAAUGCACCAUUGAUUUCACCAAGUACACCAGAAGCAGAAGGUAAAGCACCAGUGAAUGAGACUCCUCUGUCAAAGGUUUCUCCAGCUCCAGCCGUGACAACGACGAAUUCUCCGCUAUAUUCGCCAGCAAGUUCCCCACAUGAGCAAACAAAUUCUUCAUCAAGUUCUCGUCAAAACACUUCACCAAACGUAGCUCCCAUCGCUGAGCCGAUAUCUCCAGUGAGCAAGUUGCCGAAGAACUCACCUGCUAGUCAUCCAGUAGAUCCUGAAAUAUCUCCAUCCACAUUACCAGAGCCUGAUAUCGCUCCAGCGGUAGCUCCUUCCCCGAAAGCUAGUGAUGGAAAUAGGUUAGAAGCACCAGCAGCUGCACCUUAUUAUGCAUUGCCCAAACAUAUGCCACCUGUGAAUCAUUCCCCAGAACAAGCUCCUUCCACUCAAAAUGACAUGGGACACUCUCAUGACGCUCCACGACCAAUUCUUUCACCACAAAAAGCUCCAACAUCUCCUCCUGUGCCCCCAUAUUAUAAGCAUCACAGAAGGAGAAAUGAUACCAUCAGUCAAGCACCUGCACCAUCAUAUCCAAUUUCCUCUCACGCAACAAAACCACCGGGUCCAAACAUAUCUCCGACACAACAUUCAAACAGAAGAGGGCACCCUGCUCCACCUACAGAAUCAGAUCCCUCUCCAAUAUCUCCUCCACAUUAUGAUCCUCCUCUGCUUGUGAAUCAUGUUUCACCUUCUCCUUCACCAUUCCAAAAAAUGCCUGGGUAUACUAGAAGACAUUUUGAUCCCCCUAAAGCUUCACCAUUGAAACCUUCCGCAAAGAGUCCGAAGAUGCCACCACUGCCACCAAUACAUGCACUGCCUCCUCCACCUCCCAAUGAAGAUUGUUCAGGAACCCUGUGCACUGAGCCGUAUACAAAUACUCCCCCAGGAUCUCCCUGUGGUUGUGUUUGGCCAAUGCAAAUUGGACUUCGCCUCAGUGUUUCGCUGUAUACCUUCUUCCCCCUAGUUUCGGAGCUAGCGGCAGAAGUUGCUGCUGGGGUGUUUGUAAAGCAAAGUCAAGUUCGCAUUAUUGGAGCCAAUGCAGCUAACCAGCAACCAGAUAAGACUGUUGUCCUUAUUGACUUAGUCCCUCUUGGGGAAAAAUUUGACAAUACUACGGCCUUUUUGACUUACCAAAGGUUUUGGCACAAGAAAGUUUCCAUCAAAGAUUCCUAUUUUGGUGACUAUGAAGUAUUAUAUGUUCGAUAUCCAGGUUUACCUCCAUCACCUCCUUCUGGAGAGUCACAAAUGGAUAGCGAGCCUUAUACAAGUAAUAGUAACAAUGCAAGGACUGUAAAACCCAUCGGCGUCGAUAUACAGAAUAGACAGCAUAAAGAAAGGAUAAGUGGUGGUAUGAUUGCUAUGAUUGCCCUGUCAACUACUGUUGCAGUGGUUUUAUGCAUUGCUAUUGCUUGGAUUUUGAUCUUUAGACACAAUGAUGGUGUUUGUCAGCUGAAACCAACUCCACACGUUUCGUUAUCCUCCCUCAAUAAACCAUCAGGUGCUGGUGGAUCAGUUAUGGCAACCAUGCCUAGUUCUGCUUCUUUAUCCUUUGGAUCAAGCAUUGCCCCAUAUUCAGGAUCAGCCAAGACAUUAAGUGCUUCUGACAUAGAGAGAGCCACCAAUAAUUUUUAUCCUUCAAGAAUAUUGGGGGAAGGUGGGUUUGGACGCGUUUACAGUGGCGUUCUUGAAGAUGGUACCAAAGUAGCAGUCAAAGUUCUCAAGAGAGACGAUCAUCAGGGUGGUCGAGAAUUCUUGGCUGAAGUCGAAAUGCUGAGCCGCCUCCACCACAGAAAUUUGGUCAAGUUGAUUGGAAUAUGUACCGAGGAGCGUAGUCGCUGCCUGGUGUAUGAACUCAUUCCAAACGGCAGUGUGGAAUCUCAUUUACAUGGUGUUGAUAGGGAAACUGCCCCACUUGAUUGGGGCGCCCGGAUAAAGAUAGCGCUCGGUGCUGCUCGGGGUUUAUCCUAUCUACAUGAAGAUUCAAGUCCUAGAGUCAUACAUAGGGACUUCAAAUCCAGCAACAUUUUGCUAGAACAUGAUUUUACACCAAAAGUUUCCGACUUCGGAUUGGCUCGAACUGCGAUGGACGAGGAAAGUAAACACAUAUCAACACGUGUCAUGGGAACUUUCGGAUAUGUGGCUCCGGAGUAUGCAAUGACAGGCCAUUUACUUGUAAAGAGCGACGUUUACAGUUACGGUGUCGUCCUUCUUGAGCUAUUAACGGGCAGGAAACCAGUAGAUAUGUCGCAACCACCUGGUCAAGAAAACCUUGUUGCUUGGGCUCGCCCACUCCUCACAAGCAAAGAAGGCUUAGAAAUUAUAAUCGACAAAUCGCUAGAUUGUGAGGAUGUUCCUUUUGAAAGUAUAGCCAAAGUGGCAGCCAUUGCUUCAAUGUGUGUGCAGCCAGAGGUGUCGCAUCGACCUUUCAUGGGUGAGGUUGUUCAAGCACUGAAACUAGUUUCUAACCAAUGUGACGAGGCACGAGAAGCAAGUUCACGGGAUUCAAGCCAGGAGAACUCGUCUGUGGAUAUGAAUGAUAAUGAGGCAUCAAGUUCAAGACACAUGCUAGACUCUUUUCAUAGCCAAUAUUCAGUACCUAACUAUAGUUCACAUUUCGACAUCCUCGAUACACGUCUCUCCAUUUCAGAGUUGUUAAAUACGUCGCAAGAAACCAGAUCACUUGAAAGAUGCUCGAGUUCUAGACCCCCUAGAAUUGAGAAAGGUAAGAGACAUUUCUGGCAGAGAAUGAGAAGGUAUUCAGGAAGUAGCAUAAGUGAACAUGGAAUGCCUAGAUUAUGGUCAGGUUCCACCUAACAAAUUAGCCAGUCCUUCCUUCACCAUAGGCCAUAGUUCAAUUUCUAAUUUCAACUAACUGAACUGCCUUCCAAAAUAUCUUGCACAGAACUAUAUUCAACAUCGCUCGUUACCCUCUAGUUGUAACUCUUUUUUGGUUCUUUUUCUGAACUUGGUGUUGCAGAAUAAAGCAUUGAGAGAAGAGAAUGCUGUUAGAUUCAGAUAGAACAUUGUGUAUCACUGAAAAGACAUCCUAUCGCAUACAAAGUUUUUUAAUUUUAUGA